AUGAUGGUCGCAUUUAAACCUGCUGGUCGCAUUUACCAGGACAGUGUAUUAGUUGAAGAUAAAAUAUAUUUCUUAGGUGGUUUAAAUGGUGCAAACAUUGGGACUAGUGAUUUAUUCUAUUUAAAUAUUUCUUCACCAUUUAGUUCUGUAAAUCUUAAAUGGACUGAUCUUACCAGCGUUGCACCUAUUCCUGUCAAGAGCGCAUUCGCACCUGCUUGUAUUGGUGGCAAUAAAAAUUCUACAAUUUAUUUAUUCGAACAUAGCAUGACAGAUAACGUUAGUUCAACUACUUUAGUUACAUUUGCCUUUGAUAUAACAACUCAAAAAUGGUAUACACAAUCAACAUCAGGAAUUACGCCACCACCCAUACAGAAUUUGGAAGUGGUUGUUGAUAUGAAUGGUAAAAUAUAUAUUAGUGGUGGAUUUGAACUAUUAACCCAACUGUCGAGUAAUAACACCUACAUAUUUAAUUCAUUGAGCAAUUCUUGGCUCAAUGGCCCUGAUGCCCCAAUAAUUCGAUCCGCCAAUACUGCCACACUUUUACCAAGCGGACGUAUCGUAUAUAUAGGGGGAACACAUGACUUUCAAAAUGGAACGAAUGAUUAUCGACUGGCAGAGAUUGAUAUGAAUCAACACACUGCUGUACUGAGCAAUAAUGGCUUUACAAUUGUUAUUUAUGGUGGUGGCUCCAAAAAUUUUACAACGACUCCAGAACCUUCUUUAGCUGCAUUAGAUACGAGUGUUACACCUUACAAGUGGUCUAAAAUAUCAUCUAUUGGCACAUUUUCACCACCACCACUCGCCUAUCAUUCAGCUCAGAUAAUUGAAAACUUUAUGAUCGUGGCAUUUGGUGCUCUCUUUACGACUAAUGGUUUUAAUUUGACAACUGGUUCUAAUGACAAUGUUUACAUAUUAGACACUUCAAAUUAUACAUGGAUCACAUCGUUUGAUAUAACAAAAAAUUAUUUAAACCCAUUACAUGAAUCUCAAUUUAACAUUCCCUUAAUUGCAGGCCUUAGUAGUGGUUUAUUUGUUUUAAUUAUUAUCGCAA